UACUAAACAGCUCUAUUGUUAAAAUGAAUUAUGAUUCCUCCCAUGAUAUCAGUCGUAGACUUUCUAAGGAAUUAUCAACAGACUUAAAUAGGAAUUCUCAAGCAAUAUUGGAAAUACUGAAAGAUCUUUUGAGAAUGUGUGAUGGUGAAUUACUUGAGUCUACACGUGUGUUGAAUUCGGUUAUACAGCUGACUCAAGUUAAAGAUGUACGGGUGAAAAAGAUUGUAUAUUUGUACCUUUCAUUUGUUGGGGAACAUGAUUCAGAAAUUUGGUUGCACAUCACAAACUCUAUAUCAAAUGACUUGUUGGAACCUAAUCCAUUUGUCAGAAAAGCUGCUAUUCUCAUUCUGACUGAUUCCCAUUCAAUAUCGUCUUUACUUAAUGAGACGAGAAUAAAUAGCAUUACUAAUUGCUUGAAAGAUAAUAAUCCAUCUGUUCGAAGAUAUGCUGUUGCAGGCAUCGGAAAAUUGUACAGACUUUUUAGUAUUCAAAAAGUUGAAUUUGAUACUGCCACUGUUUUUGACAAACUUGUACAAAUGAUAUAUGUGGAUGAGGAUCCAACUGUUAUUGUAGAAUGUAUAAGGUGUUUGCAACUAGGAAAAAAGCAUGAAGUUAAAACUGAACUUCUCAUCUCUUUGUUGGAAAGGAUGGAUAUGGUAGAAGAAUGGACAAAAAUGGAAAUUGUAGUCCUGUUUACAAAAUGUUCAAAUCCUCUCAAAAUGACACAUGAAGAAAUCUUCCAAGUUCUUAAUAUCUUGGAUCCUCACUUAGAUGACAAAAAUCCAAUUUUUUUCACUUUAUCCUGUGCCACUGCAAUGCUUCAUGUAUCAAAAAGAUUUGCUAAAAUUUAUUCUGAUGUAAAGACAAGGAUAGUAGAUUUCUUAAUUUCACAACUCGCACUCGUUACAUUACCUAUGCAAAGCCUUCAUCUUAUAAUGCUCAAUGAACUUUUAGACAAAUCUUCAAAUUCAAAAUUGUUUCCAUAUUGGAAAAAAUUCCUUCUUCUUUCCACUGAUGAUGCAUUUUUGAAAGUUCAAAAGUUGAAAAUUCUUUCUAGAACUGCCACCACAGAAAACGUUUUAACGAUUUUUCGGCACAUAACUGGCAUAAUUAUGACAGCAAUAGAAAGUGAACUUAUUUUUGAAGCUGUAGAUUCUUUAACAGUUCUACAUCAACAUUUGCCAUCAAAUUGUGAAACUUUUCUUCAGAGUAUUUUGAAGCAUGAUAACACCUCCAUUGUUGAUUCAGCCCUGGUAGCCUUGUGGAAGAUACAAUCUGACUUGAAAGAUAAGGAGUUAUCCAUUGAUUCUAAUACUCUAAUGGACGAGGUUGUCAAAAUUUACAGAAAACUUUCAUGUGAUUACUCAAAAGUUGCUUUUUUGUCACUUGUGUGUACCUUUUCAAGAAGCAAACCUCAUAUGAAAAUAAUAAUGAAAAUUCUCAAACAAGAGAUUGCUACAUGGUCUCAUAUAUCAGACUAUUUAUUCAAAUUAGUGCUUCUUAGAUCUGCAUUUAUAUUUUAUUUCAUAUUUCCAAAAAGUUUUCAAACAAUUCUGGGUGAAAUAAUGCACUUAAUGUCUUCAGAAAAUAAUUUAAUUUUAAACAGACAUGCAAUGAUGUAUUAUACUUUUCUGAAGACAAAUGUGGAAGCAGCAAAAACGUUUGCCUCAGAUUUGUCAAAAGAAUUCAGCUAUCAAUUUCCUAAACAUUUUACAAAUCGCUCUGAGUGCGGUUUACGAACACUGCAAUUCCUCAAAUUGUAAUUAACUAUUACGAGUGUGUCUUUUGAAGUGAUUUUGAUGUUUCCACUCCCGCACCUUUAUGGUUGUAUAUUUCAACCUUUGUUGGAGAUUCUUGAUGUUCCACCUUAGGUCUUCAAAAGAUGAUGCCAGACAUUUGUGUUUCAAACCCAUAUAUGGUGUUGUACAUGCCGUCAGCAACGAUUGCCAGCUUAUUUAUAUACAUUAUCAUAAGAUACAUACAUAAGUUUACUGCGAGAUUUUUGGCGGAAAAUGAAUUUAUCUGAAUUGAAUUAAUCGCCUACCCAGAAUCAUGAAUACUCCAGUUGUAGUCGUAUACUGUAUUCUAUUGUCACUAAAUUCUACUGUUUCAUUUUAAUACUUCUUUUACACACGAUUACUGUGUCUGCAUAGAAAAAAUAUAUAUCAGUUCGUUUUAUUUAAAUAUGCAGUGUAGCCUACAUGUAGAUCGUUUUGCAAAAUUGUUGGUGUUGUGAAAAUCGCCUUUCUCUACAACCAAUUGACUCAUUUAUUUCAAAUAUUCAGUAUUUAAAGAUGGAACAAGUCAUAAAAUAGCAAUUUUUUUUUCGGGGUACCUAUGUGGCCUCGCAAUUCUAUACAUAAAUUUUGCUAUUUUCCACUAUCUUUCGGACAAACUCGUGCACAGCAAAGGCAUCAUCGGUGACGGCGUAAAUUGCAACGUUGGUGAACAUGCUUUGAAUAAUCGGAUAGCAGGUUCUCUGUGAUUCGUAUCCAUCUGCACUGAAGUCAAACUUUGUGUCCACAUAUUUGAUCAUAGUUCCCGUUUUUGUUUAUUGCUCAGUUGAUAUAUGUUUUCGAAUUUCUUUAUAUUGAUAUAUAUUUAUUUAAUAAAUGUUACAUUAUG